AUGAAAGUUAUCAAAUCAUCAAAGACUGUUAAGGUCCCAACUGGAGUUACUGUCCAAAUCAAGGGAAGAAAGGUCCAAGUCACCGGCCCACGUGGUACCUUGAACCGUGAUCUCAGUCACAUGCAAGUCGACAUCUCCCUCGUCAAGACCAAGAAGGACACCACCGUCCUCCUCGAGUUAUGGUUCGGUCUCCGUGAUCAAAUUGCUGCUCUCACCACCGCUUCAUCACACAUUGAGAACAUGAUCACUGGUGUCACCAAGGGUUUCGAAUACAAGAUGAGAUUCGUAUAUGCCCAUUUCCCAAUCAACGUCGUCGUCGUUGAUGGUGGAAAGGUUGUUGAAAUCCGUAACUUCUUCGGUGAAAAGAUCGUUCGUCGUAUUGAGUUACUCGAAGGUAUCACCUGUGUCCGUUCUGAAAAGGUCAAGGAUGAAAUCGUCCUCGUUGGUAACUGUCUCGAAAGAUUGUCUCAAUCCUGUGCCACUAUCCAACUCAGAUCUCAAAUCAAGUACAAAGAUGUCAGAAAGUUCCUCGAUGGUAUUUAUGUCUCUGAGAGAAACGUCAUUGGCGAAUAA